AGAAAUUUUAGUCUUAAAGUGUUAAACAAGUUAUCGAAAGGUAUUAAAAAGCAGCUGGACAAUGUGAAAAUAUUUACAGGUUUAAGGAUGAUAUCUUAAGGCGAAAUGGGAAGAACACACAGAAGAAGGAAAAGGAAGAUUCGGAGAAAAAUUUCUUCAAAUCUACAUUCGUCUCCAUAUUUCAUUAAUUUAACACAGUGGAUGAAGAAGCAUGGCUGGUCACCAACUUGCACGCUGUGUCCUGUAGAAUUCUAUGAUACAGGUCGUGGUUUAAGGACAGAAAGAAGUAUCGCUAAAAAUGAGAUAUGGGGCCACAGAAAUCUCUUUGUUCUAGGGAAGUUAAUGAGUACCAAUGACAGAUGCAUUUUCAGCUGCGCCUUAAUGAGUACCAGCAGUGCAGGCCAUAUACUAGAUCAGAAGCAGAAGCAAACAAAGAGUGGAGGUUAUCUGACAUCAAACUCUCCUGAUGUUAGUAAGAUUGUUAGUGAUUUUGUUCCUGCAAAAAUUCCACCAGGACAGUCAGUGAGAAAAUGUUUUCACCCAGGAGUGUCGUCAAUGGCCAGGGAAGCAUUUCCACUAAGUGAAGAUCCUGUCACCAGCAAGGAUAUGCUCAGGGGGAUGAUGACAUACAUUUGGCCAAGGGAUGAUGCAGCUAUACGAAAACGUGUAUGUGUUGCUCUUGGUCUCCUGGCUGGAGCCAAGAUGUUGAGUGUGGCUGUCCCCUUCACAUUUAAAUAUGCUCUGGAUCAUCUAAACCAGGCAUUACCACCGACAGCCAGUGGAGAAGCUUACCUGAAUAUGGCAUCUGCACCUGACACCGUUAUGACUGUAGCAGCAACUAUGCUUAUUGGCUAUGGCAUUGCACGUGCUGGUGCUGCAGCUUUCAAUGAAUUGAGGAAUGCAGUGUUUGCCAAAGUUGCACAGCAUUCAAUUCGACGUAUUGCACGUAAUGUGUUUUUGCAUCUUCACAAUUUGGAUUUGGCUUUUCACUUGAGCCGACAAACUGGAGCUCUUUCAAAGACUAUUGACAGGGGAAGUCGUGGCAUUAAUUUUGUACUGUCAGCUAUGGUGUUCAACAUAGUCCCAACAGUGUUUGAGUUGGCACUUGUCAGUACUAUCCUGGGCGUGAAGUGUGGUGCAGCCUUUGCGGGAGUAUCGUUGGGUUGUGUUGGUGUAUAUGCAGCAUUUACUCUUGCCAUUACACAGUGGAGGACAAAGUUCCGAGUUAUUAUGAACAAGGCUGAGAAUGAAGCAGGAAACAAAGCAGUGGAUUCACUUAUUAACUAUGAAACUGUCAAGUAUUUCAACAAUGAAAAGUAUGAAGCAGAUCGCUAUGAUAGUUCUUUGAAGAAAUAUGAAGCAGCCUCAUUGAAGACUAGCACAAGCCUUGCAUUGCUCAACUUUGGACAGAAUGCAAUCUUUAGUGGUGCUUUGAGCUUGAUCAUGGUUCUAGCAGCCAAGCAAAUUGUGCAAGGAAAUAUGACAGUUGGAGACUUAGUUAUGGUGAAUGGCUUACUGUUCCAAUUGUCGGUGCCUCUUGGGUUCCUUGGAUCAGUUUACCGAGAGGUUCGACAAGCUCUGAUUGACAUGCAGACCAUGUUUACUCUGAUGUCCAUGGAUACAAAAAUCAAGAACAGAUAUGAUGCUGUGCCACUAAGUAUCACUCCAGAAACAACCACAAUUACUUUCCGCAAUGUAAAGUUUGAGUAUGUUGCUGGGAAGCCAGUACUUGAUAGCCUUUCAUUCACCAUCCCAGCUGGCAAGAAAAUUGCUAUUGUCGGUGGAUCAGGUUCAGGAAAAUCGUCAAUAAUCCGUCUCCUUUAUCGGUUCUUUGAGCCACAAGAUGGAGAAAUUCUUGUUGGAAAUCAAAAUAUCAAUAGUGUUGAGCUGGAAAGUCUAAGGAGAGCUAUUGCUAUUGUACCUCAGGACUCUGUGUUGUUCCAUGACACCAUAUUCUAUAACUUGCACUAUGGUAACCUGUUGAAAAGUGUGGAGGAUGUAUAUGCAGCAACUAAAAUGGCAGAACUUCAUGACUCAAUCCAACAAUGGCCCCAGGGUUACCAGACACCGGUUGGUGAACGUGGUUUGAAAUUGUCUGGCGGAGAGAAACAGAGAGUAGCAAUUGCUCGAGCAAUUUUGAAAGGAUCUCCCAUUCUUGUAUUUGAUGAAGCUACAUCCUCUCUUGAUUCAAUCACUGAACAUAAUAUACUGGGAGCUUUGAGAAGAGCUACAGAGGGUCGUACAUCAAUAGUAAUUGCACACAGGCUUUCAACUAUAAUGGAUGCUGAUGAGAUUUUGGUAUUAGACAAAGGUCAAGUAGCUGAAAGUGGAACUCACAGCCAGCUUCUGUCGAACCCUCAAAGUAUUUAUUCAAAAAUGUGGGAUAUUCAGCAGAGAGCCAGUGUAGAAAGCAAACCAGUUCAUUCUGCUCAGCAGGGAGCCUGAACUAUAUUAAAAAAAUUGAAAUAUGUAAAUACAUGUGUGAAUCAUGUCUGUACUGUGACAUGAAUGUAAAUAUUCGGGAAUUGUAUUUUAUCUUUGUAUUUGUAUAAAUGUAUACAUUUAUCUUCAUUUUGAAAACUUAUUGAUUCCCAAAUAUAUAGUUCUGAUUGUGCUAUAUUCUGUGUUUGAAUUCCCUCCAAGAGUGGAGAAGUGGGGUAAUCAAUAUAACCAACUUCAGUCAGUGGAUUACACUAAGUUACUGCUGGACCCAAGUAUGUACAUUUCUAUAUAGGCUAACUUAAUUUUAUGUCUGUAUUACAGAUGUGUGUGCUGUUUCAGUGACCAAAAAAAUGUAGUUUUGAUAUGGAUACAAUAUUAUACAAUUAAAAUGCAAGGAACAGCAUUAGUGAUCUAAGUAAUUGACUAGGGAAAUGGAAACAGUUGAAUGCUCAAUUUGUAAACAACUUUGAAGAUGAAGUUUAAAGACAUUAUAAUUUGAUAUAAGGUCAUGAUGUGCUGUAUUUUUGGAAAUGCAUUGUAAAGUGUGCUUCAUUUAGUGCCAGUUCUGUUUGUGGUAUGAAUUAACAUUAGUAAUUUGAAAUUUCUUCAGUUUCUUUAAUGUGAUAAAAGUAAGGACUUUUCUGGGAAUUAUUUGUUAUGGAAUAUCUGGCAGUAGUUGGUGUGUUAGGGUUUUACCUUACUUCCUUAUAUUCAGUCAUUAAAACCCCACAAAGGAAUGAUGGCACUUAUAGCAUCAUUUCUUGGCAUUAUUGAAGUUAUACUAAAAUUAAAAAUAUUAACCUAUGCAAGAAGAAAGGUAAAAUAUUCCAUUUUGUUAGACAUCUUGAUACACCACAAAUGCAGUUCAGAGUUCUCAAUUUAGUUUCUUUUCACUUAAUAUGUUCAUUAUGUGACAUGACAGAACUGUUGUAGUUGGCAUCCAGCUCCAAGCUCCAUCCAGUGAUGUAUUGGAUAUGUGACCAAGGUUGGGUGAGGAGAAUGUGUGAUAUGGUGUUGGUUUGGGUGCAAAGAGAUACUUUCUGAUGUUAAUAACUUACCAGGUCAUCCCCUGCAUUUGAUGCAUCAGUAUGAUUGCUCAGCUUGUUGAUAGAACAACACAAUCACAAGGUGUGUUUGAAUUGGCAGUAAAUUAGGAAUCUGAUAUUGCUCAAAUUAUAACUGCAUAAAGCAUGAUUUUACAUGGUGAACAAUUAUUUGCCUGUUUAUUAUUCUUAAUAAUUUUGUUAAUUAUGUAGAUAAUGACUUAUAGUCUGAACUGGUGACUAGGAAUUGGUUGGUACUGGUUAAACCUCUAAAAUACUCUAAAAUAUAUGAUGAUCAUUUUGAAUAGUAAGACCCUUUCCUGAAUGUUUGAUGACUAUGUAUCAUGAUGCAAGCACUUGAUUGUUAACUAACAUGCACUCUGUUUCCUUACUACCUUUAACUGACUGCUUGAUCACACACCCCUUGUUUCUGCACCUUAGCAUCAUACUUCUUAAUUUAUUAGUCAGUAAUAACAGUGCGGUGGACAGAAAACUGUGAGGUGGGAGUGACACUAGAAUCACAUAAUUUAGAAUCCCAAGAAGAUAUAUGGCAAUAGACCUACAAAAAAAUGUACUUUUUUUGAAGAAUCAUGGUUACUGUGAGAAAAGUUUAGCGUUCUAUUUCAUGGUGAUAACUGAAGGACCACUGGAGCUAGGCAUAUGGAGUUUGUUAUGAAGAUUGAUAAUAAAAAUACCAGUACUGUGUAUGCUAAAAACUGACAGUAAAUUAACAGUUACAAACACA